UCGUAAUAUUUCCGUACCAAGUGAUAUGUAUCCACUGUAUCCUCGCAUUUGUUCCACUGUGUGAUGAUGUACACAGAAACACGUGGUUAAUCAUUCAUAAGUGUGCACAUUUUGUUGGCUAGCCGAACGGAUUAAUAGUAAAUUUAUUGAAAUUUAAUUAAGCUAAUAAGUAUAAAUACGCACACAACUGGAAUCUUAUUAAAUUUAAUAAUUGAAAAUUAGAGGUUAACUUACUUUUUACUACAUCGUUUUUACUGUAUUGUUGGCUGCAUAAAGUUUAAAGGUUAAACCAGAAUUGUAUUAAUGGCACCAGGAAAGAAAUUUCGUGGUAAAAAAAGAAAUUUUGAUGAACGGAAUGUACGAAGUCGGGCAAAACCAAAAAAAGGCAAGUUUGAAUAUAGAAAAGCAUCUUAUGUUAAGGAACGUGAAGCAAAAAAUGAGGAAGUUGAGGCUCGUAGACAAAUAGUGGAGAAAGAAAAGGCACGUCAACGGCUUCAAGAAACUGAUAGUUCUGAAGAAGAAGAAGAAAUUGAUUCCGAGUUGCUCUUUAUGUCCCGAUUCCCUGGUUAUGAAAAUUUACUGGAGAAACUGAAGAAAUCAGUUGUGACUAGUUCAGAUAGCGAAGAACACGAUGAACAGAAUAAAAAUGAAAAAGGCAAAGAGAAAAAGAAAAAGAGGAAAGAAAGGAAAAAAGUUGAUGAAGAAGAGAAUGAAGAAUCUGACAUGGAUGAAGAAUCUGAUGAUCGCAAUAAGACUGAAGAUGUUACAGAUGGCAUGAAAGAAGAGGAUUAUGAAGAUGCUGAGACUGCUCGAGAAGAUGCUGGUCAUCUGAGAGAUCCAUUCUCUUUACAUUUGCGCAAUGAUAUGGAUGAUGAACUAUAUAAAGUAGUUUCUGUAACACCGCAAAUUACUGAGGUUACAACAUUGGCAUGGCCCAUACUUGGAAAUUUAAUAUGCCAGAUCCCAAAACCUGUUGAUUCAAAAGACAAUCCAAUAAAAGUCAGGAAACUUCUAGAUGAUGAAGAAAAACAAUAUACAAAUUAUGGUAAAGUUCCAAGUUUAAUUGAAAAUAUUGAUUGGAAUAAAUUGCAUAUAAAAUCACAAAUUCAGAAUAAUUUAAUCAAAGCUAAUCAUUAUAACAUUAAAGAUAAUAUGGAAAAAGAUUCUACAUCUUUAACUCCUCUUCAAAAAGAAUUAUUCUCAGUGAUAAAUAAUUAUCAAGAUUUGUAUUAUCCAGAGAGAACGUUUUCGAAUGCUGAUCAGAUACGAUUCGUUUAUUGUUUACAUAUAAUCAAUCAUGUGCUGAAAACUCGAACAAAAAUACUGCAUCAUAAUGCAAAAUUAACAAAGGCCAAUCGAAAUGGAAUGGGAGAAAUUCCAGAUGAAUACAGAGAUCAUGGAUUAGUAAGACCCAAAGUACUCAUAAUUGUGCCAUUCAAGCAUUCUUGCUUGAAAAUAGUUGAAAUGUUUAUCUCAAUUUUAUUUGGAGAGGAUAAAGGUGGAUCCGUCAUGAAUAAGUUACGAUUCAUGGAAGAUUUUUCUGGGAACGAGUUAGCAAUACCGAAGAAGAAUCCUAAACCAGAAGAUUAUGAAUUGACACUACAAGGAAAUGUUAACGACAAGUUCAAGAUAGGUAUGGCCAUCACCAAGAAGACUCUCAAGUUAUACACGAAUUUCUACACAUCUGAUAUUAUAAUUGGUUCACCAUUGGGUCUUAGAAAGGUGAUAGGUGCAGAAGGAGAAGCAGAUAGAGAUUUUGAUUUUCUUUCAUCCAUAGAAUUGUUAAUCAUGGAUCAGAUUGACGUCGUUCUUAUGCAAAAUUGGGAUCAUCUGCAUCAAGUAUUAGAUUAUCUGCAUCUGCAACAAAAAUCUCAUGACAUUGAUUACUCUCGCCUCAGAAGUUGGUGCGUGAAUGGCUGGACCAAAUAUUAUCGACAGACCUUGAUCUUUUCCAGUAUCGAGCUGCCGCAUAUAAACACACUAUUGACAAGAAAAUGCUUCAAUUAUGCAGGCAAGGUGAAGGUGGCAAAUCGAAUUGAAUCGGGUUCAAUUCACAAGGUGACUAUCAAAAUUCCACAGGUAUUCCAUAGAUUCGAAGCCUCCGAUCUUAUUCAAGCAGUCGACGGUAGAUUGGAAUUUUUGAAGGAGAUACUACCGCGAUACAUGGAUCCUAUAUAUAAUCACACAUUGAUCUACAUUCCAUCUUAUUUCGAUUUUAUAUAUGUGCGAAAUCGUAUGAUGAAAGAGAAACUGAGUUUCGGGCAGAUUUGCGAGUAUACUGAGGACCGAAAAGUUGCCCGAGCAAGAGACAUGUUCUUUCAUAGCGACGCGCAUUUUCUUCUUUACACGGAACGCUGGCACUUCUGGCGAAGAACAAGAAUAAAGGGUAUUCGUCAUCUUAUAUUUUACCAAUUACCCACUUAUCCACACUUUUAUAGCGAAAUGUGUAAUCUAAUGGAUAGAUUGUAUCAGAAUCCGCGCGCUGGCACCGAGUUUAACAUGUCGGUGACUAUUAUUUAUAACAAAUUUGAUGCAAUAUCGCUUGCUCAAAUUGUGGGCCACAAUAGAGCUUCCGAAAUGAUAACAUCCGAGUCUAAGGUACAUACCAUAAAAUGCUAAAAACUUUCUCUGUGUUCAUGUAAAUAUGACGGAAUAAUUACAAAUAAUUGCCUAUUUAAUUACAUUGAAAUAAUAUUAAUUUCA